AUGGCGUGGGCGCCUUCAUUCUUCAGUGCAAGCGACUCGAGUUCCAUUAUUGUGACUGGGCAGUUUGCUCGUGCGAACCCAUCAGUCGAAAUCUCCAUCUCUCCACGACCGUCGAAGCAUCCAGUUAUCCGCGGCCACUACAUCAAUGGCGGCGAAAAAGCCAUUUGCGUGCGCAAUUUGAGUGAAGGACAGAUAUUACAGAAAGCAGAAAUAUUAAGGGAUGCGAAUGGAGAGAAAUUGAAGAGGGUGGUGAAGCCAGUCAAGAGUUUGAAUGAAAGUGUUAGAGGAAUAUGGAGUCCAUAUCAUAAACCCGGUGGUGGUGGAACUCAUGUUUGA